UAAAAGGCUAAUUAUCUUCAUUCUUGUUAGAUUUUAAAGCAAAUAAAAAAAAAAUAGCAAAAUCUAAAAUCUUGUAGUGUUUGUGUGAGAAAGAUGGAUCAUGCUGCGGAGGCUAUGAAGACGGAUUUGAUGACGAUAACUCGGUUUGUGUUGAAUGAGCAAUCGAAACAUCCUGAGUCGCGUGGUGAUUUUAGUAUUUUGCUUAGUCACAUUGUUCUUGGUUGCAAGUUUGUUUGUGCUGCUGUUAAUAAGGCAGGUUUAGCUAAACUCAUUGGACUUGCUGGGGAGACCAAUGUGCAGGGAGAAGAACAAAAGAAACUAGAUGUUUUGUCAAAUGAAGUUUUUGUGAAGGCAUUGGUCAGCAGUGGCAGAACAUGCAUACUUGUUUCCGAAGAGGACGAGGAAGCGAUUUUUGUAGAACCAUCCAAACGCGGAAAGUAUUGCGUUGUUUUCGACCCUUUGGAUGGAUCUUCCAACAUUGACUGUGGUGUUUCCAUAGGGACUAUUUUUGGGGUCUACAUGUUAAAAGACGGUGAUGAGUCGCGUUUGGAAGAUGUACUUCAGCCCGGAAAGAAUAUGCUGGCUGCUGGAUACUGCAUGUAUGGUAGCUCUUGCACGUUUGUGUUAAGCACUGGAUCUGGUUUGAAUGGAUUUACUCUUGAUCCAUCUCUAGGAGAGUUUAUACUCACCCACCCUGACAUUAAGAUCCCAAAGAAAGGAAAGAUUUAUUCUGUUAAUGAAGGAAAUGCUAAGAACUGGGAUGGUCCCACUGCAAAGUUUGUGGAAAAAUGCAAGUUCCCAAAGGAUGGUUCACCAGCUAAAUCUCUAAGAUAUAUUGGAAGUAUGGUUGCCGAUGUUCAUCGUACCUUACUCUAUGGGGGUGUGUUUUUGUACCCUGCUGAUAAGAAAAGCCCAAGUGGAAAACUAAGGGUUCUUUAUGAAGUGUUUCCUAUGUCAUUCUUGAUGGAACAAGCUGGAGGGCAGUCAUUUACUGGAAAAGAAAGGGCUCUUGAUUUGGUCCCAAAGAAGAUACAUGAAAGAUCUCCAAUAUUCCUGGGAAGCUAUGAUGAUGUAGAAGAAAUCAAGGCCCUGUAUGCAGCUGAAGAGAAGGCAUAGUAAAAUUUACCUCAUAUCCAUGUUGUUCACAAUACCAUGCUACUUUACUGGAGUAUAUUUGUAAUAUAAAAACUGCUUUGAAUGGUUAAAUAAUAUAUUUAUUUUUCAAAAAAAUAAUUUAAAUUCCAACUGUUAA